AUGGGUUUCUGUUGGAGCUGGAAGUGCGGCGGCGGGCCCCACGGUGCAGGCCACUGCGAGCCCCACUGUGCAGGCUGGGUGGGCCCCACGCUGCUGCUGUGUGUCUAUGGCUUCUGCUCCAUGAUGAGGCCUGUGGAGCCCUUCCUGACAGAGUUUCUCAUAGGGACUUACAAGAACUUCACCACCGGACAGGUCACCAGGGAGGUGUACCCUGUGUGGACCUACUCCAACCUCUUCUUCCUCGUCCCAGUCUUCCUGGUGACAGACCUGCUCAGGUACAAGCCCGUUAUCGUCCUCCAGGGGCUCAGCUGCGUCUUGUCAUUUCUACUGAUACUCGUUGGCUCGGGGCUCUUCUCCGCUCAGUGGGCCUUCUUCGUUUACGGCUUCGCCACGGCUGCAGACGUCGCCUACUUCUCAUACAUUUACAGCGUGGUACAACCGUGCCACUACCAGAGAGUCACCAGCUACGCCAGGGGGGCCGCGCUGGCGGGCAACGCGGUUGGCGGCCUGCUGGGUCAACUGCUUCUGUCUUACGGUGAGGUGUCCCUAUACUGUUUGGCCGGCGUAACCCUAGCCUCCGUCUGCGUGGCGCUGUUGACCUCGUCUUUUCUGCCCACGCCCGCGACUAGCUUACUGACGAGGGAGACGCGUAACGCGCGGCAGGGCGGCUCGGGCGAAGACGCUCCUUCCGAAUCGGGGCGCCGCGGUUUUGCCGGCUGGGUGCAAAAGAGCAAAACCAGGGCUCGACGAGUCGGAGGCGCCAUGAGAAGGCUGGCGUCGGAUUGUAGGGAGUGCUACGCCUCAACGGCCGUGCUGUUCUUCUGCAUAUGGGCCGCCACGGGCAGCUGUGGUUUCUACCAGGUAGUAGGCUACGUCCAGAUCCUCUGGGUUUAUACCCAGCCCCAGCAUAACUUCACGGCCUACAACGGAGGGGUGGAGGCAAUUUCCACGUUAUCAGGAGCAGCAGCCUCCAUCGCUGUGGGACACGUCUCUCUGGACUGGUCCAAAUGGGGAGAGCUCACCCUGGGGGUUUUCACGGUCCUGAUAGCGGGGGCGUUGUUCCUGAUGGAUCUGACCAACCACAUCUGGAUGUCCUACGCUUGUUACAUCACCUUCAAAGCCCUCUACAUGCAGCUCAUCACAAUAUGCACAUUUCAGAUAGCCAAGAUGCUCAGCAGGGAGCGCUAUGCGUUAGUGUUUGGCAUGAACAGCUUCGUGGGUACGGUCCUAAGGAGCACCCUAACAGGCGUCGUCAUUAAUACCGAGUCCCUGCAGCUAACCAUCACCUCACAGUUCUUGGUCUACGCCUCCUACUUUGCCGCCAUCGCCCUGCUGCUCACAGUCAGGGGCUUGUACACGGUGCUACGAGCGAAAAAGCCCCGAGCAGACGAAGGGGCGGAAAGAGCGAAUAACCUGCCGGAGGUCUCCCAUCUGUGA